CCAUGGCACCCGGGCCCAGGCCAAGAUGGCGGCCGCCGCGCAGCCGUGGGCCGUGAUGGCGGCGCUGCUGCCGCUGCUGGGGGCGCAGGGCCCGCUCGGUGCGGCCCCCGGGGAGGCGGCGGGAGAAGGCGGCUCCCGUGGGCGUCUUUCAGCCUUCUUUUAUCUACAUGUCCGGGCCCGUUGUCAAUUCUUUUUUAACUGGGAAUUCAGCAGGAGUCAAUUUCUCUCUCGCUGUAGUAAAUCAUAUGGAUGCUGAGACAGGAUUCUUGCCACUUUCAGACUGUAGUGGGAAUAGAAGGGCUGGUGACUGGAGUUUGAACGUAACACCUGGCGUGGAUGCUUCCAAAGUGACAGUGAGUGUGACCAGAAACCUGCAGUUGUGUUUGCUCAAUACUACUGAUUGCUGCACAGAGCCCCUCUGUAUUAUUGAAACUCUUCAAGUUUCUGCUUGCCGUGAUUCCAAAAUGCUGGCAUAUCUCCUGAUUCAAGCUGAAAUAUAUGCCAACUCUUCUUUUAUGGGAAACGUGUCGGAAAAUGCAUCAGUCAUUCCAAACCAAGUGUAUCAGCCUUUAGGCUCUUGUCCUUGUAACCUGACAGCUGGAGCCUGUGAUAUUCGCUGCUGCUGUGAUGAGGAAUGCUCCUCGGACUUGAAACAGUUGUUCAGUGGAUCCUGUUUCACCGGAGUGUUUGGUGGGAAUGUAAGCCCGCCUUUUGACCAGCUAUGCUCUGUUCAGGCAGCGCACAAUGUUCCUGACUGGUUUCCUUUCCUGUGUGUACAGUCUUCCCUUGACAAUACACCCUUUCUUGGUUACUUCUACCAUGGCUCUGUUUCUCCAUCCCAGGUUUUUUCAUUCAAGAUCCCUUUACAAACUGUUCCUGAAAAACUUUCUAAUGGUUACAGACAAGGAGAUCCAAUUAUGACAAAAGAAAAUGAUUAUUUCACAGUUCCUCAGCAGUCCAUGGCUGGACAGUGUGUUGAAAAUAGCCCGGUAGCAUUCCUUCAGAACUUUGAUGCUACUUGUCUUACUAAUCUAGCUUUGUACCAGGAACAAUCCUCUUUUACCCAGAUGAUAAACAAUGGUGCUGGAGACAUGAUACAACCAAAUGUGGUCUUUGAGAAUGUCACUGAUGUGUACAGCUUCAUCACUCGGAUAGGAGACGCUCAGCCGACAGGUUCCUGUAAAAAAGAGACCUUUGCAGAAUAUUAUACGUUCACAUGGAAAGACAGAACAGUACAAGAAGUAAAUGUUACAGUUCUCACUGGAGAGUUGUGUGAUGGAGAACUGUUGACUCGGAGAUUCACAGUAAACUUUGUCAGUGAAAAUAGUACUGCUACAACAGAACUCUCUGGGAAUCCAGGUUAUCAAGUUGGCAAACCUGUUAGAGCCAUAAAUAUGAGCUCCUUGGAUCCUGCCACUCUAAACCUUUGGCAGCCAGUUGGCAGCAGUUUGUGUACACCAACUUUUACACCUGUUCUGUUUGGAAUAAAUUCACUGUCUGGAUGCAUUUUAGAAGUUGAUAUGAAUGAAGAUUGCAAUUGGUUAAGGGAGAAAACAACUGAAAGACUUAACUCAUUAGUACCAGCUACUCAUGUUGGAAAGAGAGGCAACUCCAAUUACAGCGUUCCAAACGACUGGGUGAAAAUAAUACGUUUGGAUCCCUUUAACCCUAAAACCAAUGCAAGUGUUGGAAAUCUGGAAGGGGUAUGCCAGGAUAUUCCAGCUAAUCUGAAUAUUCGCAUAAUCACUGCUGACGUUGGAGCAAUAGAAGGGAUUCCACAGCAAGAGAUACUUGGCGUACAGAUCAGUUUCUCAACUGUGACAUGGCAAUUCCAGUGUGGGAUUAUCUGUGAAAAUAAGCCCAGUUAUCUUCCUAUCACUGUGUCAGUGCAGUUUAUUAAAGUACCAGCUCAACCACCAAUUCCAAAGACAAGGUUUCAGAUUAAUUAUACAGAAUAUGACUGCGAUCGAAAUGAAGUUUGCUGGCCACAACUUCUGUAUCCAUUGACACGGUACUAUACAGGAGAACCAUACUCUCAGUCUCUUGCUAAAGGCUUGGUACUGGUGUUCUUCUUGCUCCUUGCAGUAAUUCUGAGUAAUCCUUGGAGUAAGCUCCUGAUAAUGUGGGAUCACACUUCACUUUAAAAUUGGGCUGCAAAGAGAACCAUUUUGUAAAUGUAGAUUUUUAAUGCUGGUAUUAAACUAGUGUUUGUACAGGUA